GAAAUCAAACUUUGAUGGUCCUAAUCUCACAAAGACUUUUUUCUAUCCAUAUUUUGACUUUUUUGGAGAGCACUGAGAUUUGUGAUCUUGAGGAAAUAUGAACAUCUGGGUUUGUAAGAACACGAGCGCAAGAGAAAAGUAACAACCUUUGGAACAGCGCACGUUUCCUGUUGUUGGAGAUCAAACUUUCCUUCACUUUUUCAUCUUUUCAACUUCUGGUUUAAAGCAGGGGGUAGACCUGAGGUGGGCUGAGCUGACAGGAUUCCUGCUCUGUUAGUUUGCACAGUCGAGGGAAACUAAAGGCCAGCAGUGGAUUCAGCUUUAGCAUAUACUCCAGCUGAAAAUGACUGCCAGACUCAUCUAAACUAAAAACACAGUCCUGGAUCUCACAUGUGCCGAAAUCCCAAAUAAGUUUUUGUUCCUCCAAACCAAAACCGAAGAGAUGGUUUUCGUUUACAUAUUUACCUUGAGUUACCUUUGGCUACACGCACAAGGUUUAAGUCUGGUUGAGUUAAACGCCGGCCUCCAGGUAGCCAGGGGCCGUUCUGUGUUCGUCACGGCAGAUGAACUCCGGUUCCGAUCGAUUGGGGCGUCCGAGGCCUGCAAGGUGGAAGUGGUGGUCACUGAACCCAUCACACAGAGAGUUGGAAAGCUCACACCUCAGGUUUUUGAUUGCCAGUUCUUACCUGAUGAAGUGAAGUAUGUCCAUAACGGCAGCCCACUUAUAGAAGAAGACACCAUCAGGCUGAGGGUCUAUAGGUUUACCAACACUGACACCUUUAUCGAGACUGUCCUGCUAAACGUGAAGGUUUUGGAACCUCAGAGGAGCCUAACAGAACUUGGAAGCGUCCCUCUGGUGGUUCCAGAGUUUUAUGGGCUCUCCAACACCAUCAAUAGCAGUGUCCUUACCUUUAAAACUCAGCCCGGUGUGGUGUGCACCGUCCGUCUUCUGAGCUCCGAGAUCAACGUUCCAAUGCUUGGUCAACUGGUGGUUGAGGAUCUCGAAAGGCCAGUGACAUCUGAGCCUGGAACAAGAAUAGGGCGGCAUACUGGAAUAGCCUGUCCAGGAAACAAGGCUUGUGACCACAACACGAGGGACGUAGAGUUCUUGAAGACCGAUUGCUCCGAGUUCCUAACUUCAGGUUUGAAGUACCAGCACCUAAGCCCUCCAUCACCAGAGAUUGAUUACAUCCCAAUCAGGGUGGAGUUUAGGGACCAGUCCUCACGAGCUUUACUGGAGUCUGAGAAUAUCUGGUUACCAGUACUGAUUCAAGGGGCUAUGCCGAAUCAACCUCCCCAUGCCGCCUUCAUGUCCACGUUCAUCCUAGAGGUGGAUCAGUUUAUCCUGACCCCCGUGACCACUGCCGCCCUGGAUGCCAAAGAUGAUGAGACCCCUCAGGCUCAGCUUAUCUUCAACGUGACAAAGCCACCGGAGGAAGGAUACGUAACUCACUUAGAUGAUCACACUAAAAUUGUCUCCUCGUUUUCGUGGCAAGAUCUGAAUGAGAUGAAGAUUGCCUAUCAGCCACCGAACAGCAGCCACACAGCCAGGAGAAACUACGAGGUUGAGUUCGAAGCCAUCGAUGGCUCAUUUGCGGCGAGCUCGCCCAUCUUGAUGCACAUCUCUAUCCGUACUGCAGAGACCAACGCCCCUCGAGUCUCAUGGAAUAUGGGGUUGGAUCUGUUGGAAGGCCAAUCUAGACCCAUCACAUGGGAGAACCUACAGAUCGUUGAUAAUGACAACAUAGAUGCUGUGACCCUGAUCGCUAUGGAUGGACCCCUAAAUGGACACUUAACUGUUAGAGGUGGCAAAGGUUUUAUGUUUAAGGUGAAGGAUCUCAGACAAGGUGUUGUGGUUUAUCAUCACUCUGACAGCGACACCACCAGGGAUUACAUCGUCUUCCGCAUCACAGAUGGCCGCCACAGCAUCAGACACAAAUUCCCCAUCUACGUUUUACCAAAAGACGACACUCCUCCGUUUCUUAUCAAUAAUGUGGCAUUUGAGGUCCAAGAGGGAGGUUCUGUUCGGGUGGAGGAGUACAUGCUAAUGGCCUCAGACUUGGAUUCAAGCGACGACUAUAUUCAGUAUCAGCUGAUUACUUUUCCCAGAGCCGGACAGCUUGUUAAAAAAACUUCUCGUCAUGAGCCAGGUGUCCCAGUGAAGAGUUUCUUGCAGAGGGACUUGUUUCAGGGACUCGUCUACUACAAGCAUUUAGGGGAGGAAGUGUUUGAAGACUCAUUUGAUUUCAUCUUGUCAGAUGCCCAUCAACCUCCAAAUCUUUCAGACAAACACACAGUGGUGAUCCACGUGUUUCCGGUGAAGGACGAGUUGCCCGUGGAAGUUGCAGGAACAGUUCGCUCCAUCACUGUAAAAGAAACGGAGGUUGUUUACAUCACUCAGAGUCAACUACACUUCAGAGACACAGAGAGUCCAGAUACCGACCUUAUGUAUGUGAUCACUCGUCCCUGUUUCAGUCCGGGAAACACCAGACUAUCAGAUGCAGGCAGACUGUUUUAUACUGACAGCACAAACUCUAUGAAAAAAGACGCAAUGGUUCCAGUGCUUAAGUCAUUCACCCAGCAUGCAGUGAACCAUCACAAAGUUGGAUAUAUGCCUCCGUUAGAAGAUAUUGGUCCUCACCCGCUCUUCGUGCAGUUUGUAUUUACUGUAAGCGACCAGCAGGGCGGCGCUCUCUCUGGGCUCACCUUCAACAUCACAGUAACACCUGUCGACAACCAAGCUCCAGAAAUGUUCACUAACUUGCUGAGGGUAGAGGAAGGUGGUGGCAGUUUCCUGAUGGAGGAACACUUGUUGGUGCAGGAUGUGGAUAGCUCAGAAGAUCAGCUCAGGGUUCACAUGAAGACUCGGCCACAGCAUGGACGACUAGAACUGCAGGGCACGACGCUGCUAGAAGGAGACAGCUUCAGAUUGCAGGAUCUUAAAGCAUUGAGGGUCAGAUACAUUCAUGAUGACUCUGAAACCCUAAAGGACAGCAUCGGACUUACAAUCACAGAUGGAAUCAACUCUGCAAAUGGAGAGCUUUUCAUUCAGAUCCUACCUGUGAACGACGAACCUCCAAAGUUAGGUUCAGACUUGAGGGCUGAACUGUCUUGCAAAGAAGGCGGUCGUGUCCAGAUUACAGUUGAAUACAUCUCUGCUACAGAUGACGACAGUGAUGAUACUCGACUAACAUACAUGCUUGCCAGGACACCUGCACAUGGGGUUCUGCAGAGAAAUGGAGUCAUGGUGGAUAAGUUCUCUCAGCUGGAUGUGAUCAAUGGACUCAUCUUCUACCUGCACACAGGUGGUGAGAUUGGACCAGAUCCUGUAUCAGACACCAUCACGCUCAUAGUAUCCGAUGGAGAGGCCGGAAUAACAGAUGGCUGUUGCCAAGAGGACGCCUUACCUCCACCAGUCCCCCUGCAUGGCACACUUCCGGUCUAUGAUCUGAACAUCACCGUGGUGCCCGUCAACAAUCAGAUUCCAACUAUAACACUGGGUGGUAUGUUUGUGGUAGACGAAGGUUCCAGUGCAUGUUUGUGUGGUGGGGUGUUGGAGGCCACUGAUCCUGACACCCAUCCAGACCAGCUCAUGUUUUAUUUGGUGACCCCUCCACAAUAUGGGUUCCUGGAGAACAUUCUCCCAUCCCCUGGAUUUGAGAAGAGCAACGCUGGACUCCGAGUGGUUUCUUUCAGCCAGCUACACCUCAGCUUAGGGUUCAUCAACUAUGUCCAGUCGGUGCACCAGGGUGUGGAACCCACCGCAGAUUUCUUCACCAUUAGUGUCAGUGAUGGGAUUCAGAGAUCUGCACCAUUGCCCUUCUACAUCAUCAUCAACCCUACCAAUGAUGAAAUCCCAUCACUGCUGCUUGGCAACUUCUCAGUCAUGGAAGGAGGGAUGAAGGACCUCAGUCCUGAUCUUCUAAACGCGGUGGACAUUGAUAUCCCAGGAGAAACUCUUACCAUGACCGUCCUGGUUCCUCCUACCCAUGGGACCCUGCUCAAUGGCAUUUACGGGCUUGAGAUGAGUCGCUACAAAAGCAUGAGCCCCGAGGAUCUACACCGAACAUUGGCGAUUCAAUCGUUCACUGUACAGGAGCUACAACAAGGAAUGAAGAUCAUGUAUAUGCACGAUGACACAGAAACCCUCAAGGACUCUUUCACCAUACAGCUGACAGAUGGUGGGCACACAGUCCAGGGGACUGCGUGCGUUCGCAUCAUACCAGUCAAUGAUGAAAAGCCACGGCUACUAAAAAAUGCAGGUGUUGAUGUUCAAGCCUUGGCGAAAAGAGUCAUCUCCAGUGUAGCACUAGAGGCAGAGGACCAAGACACUCCCAGCAACCAGAUUGUCUUCAUCCUCAACGCAGGUCCCAGAUUUGGUCUUCUUCAACUCAUGACAGAAGCAGGAUGGAUUGAUCUGAGUCCAGGUCAAAAUUUCACCCAAGAGGAUGUGGAGAUGAAUCGCCUCUGGUACACUCACACUACAUUUAGCGGCUUCAAAGGUCACGACAGGUUUCACUUUGUUCUCAGUGAUGGGGAAAACCAAACACCUUCACAGAGUUUCUUCAUCUCUGUUCGCACUGUUCAAAAAG